AUGAACCCCACCGACCAGACUUACGGCUCCACGACGACCGGCGCAGGAGGAUACGGCGCUUCGCAGACGGGAAUGGGCGGCACGACCGGCAUGACCGGCACCGGCGCAGGCUACGGCGACGAGCGUGGCCUCGGAUCGGGCGUUGGCGCCGGCCAGGGUGCUGGCUACGGCACGACGACCGGGCGCGACCCGAUGACCCACCAGGGCGCCGAGGUUGGCAAGCACCCCCUCACUGCCGCCGCUCACCCUACGCACCCCGUCGCGAGCGCCGAGGCCAAGGACAUCCAGAAGCACGGCCACACCGGCCACCACCACGGCACCGGCACCGGCACGACGACGACGACGGGCGGCACGAUGGGCCAGGAGGCUGGUUCGAUCGCUCACCACCCGCUCACGGCUGCCGCGCAUCCGACUCACCCUGGCGCUUCCGCUGAGGCCAAGGACGUCCGCAAGCACGGAGAGACGGGCCUCACUCACGACACGACGACGACUGGCACGCACGGUACGCACGGAUUCCACGGCACGCACGGCGCUGCGGGAACGACUGGUGCGGCCAAGCCUUCGAUGGGCGACAAGCUCGCCGGCGCGACCGAGAAGCUCGUCGGCAAGGUCACGAACAACCCCGCCAAGGUCCAGGAGGGCGAGAUCAGGCAGACGGAGGGCAAGGCUGCCGCCUCGGGCGCUGGAGUCGGCGGCGCUGCUUACUGA